AUGUCUGGAGCCAUGAGAAUUUUUUUCUUGGUUUCUGCUGCUCUCAUUGUCCUUGCUCACAUUUUCUCAGCCCAUGGAGCUAUACACAGAAGGAUGCAGUGUCAGAAGAUGGAUGGUCGCUGUGAAGUUGAGUGCCUUUCCUUUGAAGACAAGAUUGGGGGCUGUAGAGCUGAACUGACACCACUUUGCUGCAAAAAAAAGAAGAAUAAUUAA